CCCCUUUCAGAUGUAGGAAUCUGUGGCGACGUGGAAAUAUGGAGGCAUAAAGAGAAAUAAGAGAUCAAAAAACACAGUCUUUAAAUAAUAACAGCAAUAAUCAAUAAAUUAGAAAUAUUGGAGAAGUGACAGUGCUUACACUGAUAGUCCACGUAUCAAUUAAGGAAAUCAUUUUUGGAGGAAGGGAGAGUCGCCUUCGAAAGCAGCCCCUGCAUUCAGGAAAUGAAGGUGUGAAAGCACUUUCGCAUUGUGACUCGGAGAUGGGAGCCAAGGCCAGCCACGUGAGCGAAGUGUCAGAAAACGAGAACCUGAGAAAGUUGAUAGGCACAGAGUCAAUAUCAGAAAAUGACCCUUUCUGGAAUCAGCUUAUCUCAUUUUCCUUCACAAGUCCCACAAACAGUGCGGACACAAAGCUUUUGGAGGAAACAACUGUCUUACUUUCUAAGGCCCUAAUUGAGAACAAUCCAAGGACAGGAAACUUCGGAGCCCUUGUGAGAAUUUUCCUUAGCAGAACCAAAGAGCUGAAAAUCUCAACAGAAUGCCAAGAUCAGUUGUUUAUCUGGCAGGCCCACAAUGCCUUGUUCAUGAUCAGAUGUCUGCUGAAAGUGUUCACCAGUCAGAUGUCAGAAGAGGAGCUGCAGUUACAGUUCAGUUACCAGGAGAGGGCACCAGGGACAUGUGUUGCUGGCGAGGAAGAUCUCUUUGAGGAGGUGAUGUGUAACCUGGUCCAUCUCAUUAUUGAAGUACCCUUACUGGACAUCACAUAUAAUAUUCUGUUUGAGGCUGUGACAACUCUCCUCAUCCUGCUCUCCUACCAGCUAUUCCACAAGGAGAUUCUGCGAGAGAGUCUAAUUUACAAAUACCUUAUGCAAGGACGAUGUGUGCCCUUCACCAGUAGACUUGUAAAAACAUUGCUGUAUAACUUCAUUAGACAAGAGAAGUGUCCUCCCCCAGUCACCCAUGUCUUUGAGCAACAGGCAGAGGGGAGUGGAUUAUUCUAUGGACUUGCAUCAGGCGUUGCCAGUGGCUUGUGGACAGUCUUUACCUUAGGAGGAGCAGGAAGCAAACCGAAUCUUGAUGAAGAACGGCCCCUGCCACUGUCCAAUCAGAGCCUGCUUCUGCUGCUUGUAUUAGCCAAUCUUACAGAUGGGGUGGACACAUCUAACCCUUACAGACAAGCUGUCAUGUCUUUUAAGAACACACAAGAUAGCUCGGCCCCCCCAUCUUCCCAUCCUCAUACUUUUCAGAUCAACUUUAACAGUCUUUAUACAGCUUUGUGCGAGCAGCAGAAGUCAGACCAAGCCACUUUACUCCUGUACACUUUGCUUCAUCAAAAUACCAAUUUCAGAACCUACAUGCUUGCUCGAACAGACAUGGAUAAUCUUGUGAUGCCAAUCCUUGAGAUUCUCUAUCACGUGGAGGACAGGAAUUCACACCAUGUUUACAUGGCACUUAUCAUUUUGUUAAUUCUUACUGAGGACGACGCCUUCAAUCGAUCAAUUCAUGAAGUGAUAUUAAAAAACAUUACCUGGUACACUGAGCGUGCUCUGACUGAAAUUUCCCUUGGGAGUCUACUAAUACUGGUGGUGAUUCGGACCAUUCAGUUCAACAUGACAAGAACAAGGGACAAAUACCUUCACACAAACUGUCUGGCAGCUUUAGCCAAUAUGUCGUCUCAAUUCCGUUCUCUUCAUCAGUAUGCGGCCCAAAGAAUUAUCAGUUAUACCUGCCGCCACAUGCGGAGAUACUUGUAUGUCUUGGACCAAAUGUAUUUCCCCUGCUCCCAUUGCACUGCGCUGCAGCAGUACUUCACGUACCUGGGUGACACAGGAGAGGAAGUCUUGCACUUUACUUGCUCUUACAUUCUCAAGUCCUAUGCUUCCAGCCUAUUUGCUUUGUUGUCUAAAAAACACAACAAAGUCCUGGAGCAAGCCACUCGGUCACUGAGGGGCCCCUUUGGUUCUGACGACAACGCUUUGCUUCCCGACUAUGCUCAGGAUCUGAAUGUGAUAGAGGAGGUGAUCCGAAUGAUGCUGGAGAUUAUAAACUCUUGCUUAGCCAAUUCCUUGCAUCACAACCCCAACCUUGUGUACGCCUUGCUCUAUAAACGAGAGCUUUUUGAGCAAUUUAGAUCCCACCCCUCCUUCCAGGACAUCACGCAGAAUCUGGACAUGGUGUUUGGCUUCUUCAGCUCCCGACUCGAGCAGGCUGGAUCUGACCUGUCAGUGGAACGUGUUCAAGAGGUCAUUAAGCAAGGCGCUGCAGCUCUACCCAAAGACCGACUGAAAAAGUUUCCAGAGCUGAAAUUCAAGUAUGUGGAAGAAGACCAGCCGGAAGAGUUCUUUAUCCCCUAUGUGUGGUCUCUGGUCUACAACUCUGCAGUUGGACUGUGCUGGAGCCCCCAGGAUAUAGAGCUGUUUACCAUGGACUCGGGCUGAGCACCCCUCUGGGACUGUGUGUGUGUGAGUGAGUGUGAGUGUGACAUCCUCUCUCAGGAACAACUGCAUGAUGGCAUGACUGUGUGAAUACUCACGCUUUUGAGAGAACUGCUCGAAUAUGGACUUAAUCUAUUUUACAUACUUUAAUAAUAAUAAUAAUAAUAAUAAUAAUAGUAAUAAUAAUAAUAAUAAAAACUUGUAAAAACAGAUACGAUGCUUAGCAUUUAGACUUAAUGCUCCAGGCUGACGCUGAGUAAGGAGUCAACAUGUCGGUCAGUGGUCUAAACGGAACAGCAUAAAAAAAAAAUAAUAAUUUAAAAAAGGAAAAAAAAACAAAGGCAACAGGAAACUGGACCUUCGGCGCUUGAGUCUUUAAUUGCAGACUAAACAAACAGUCGCCCAGAGCACUGGGUGCUGUUGAUUUCCCGCUCAAAUACUGGCCUGCUGAUCCGACGAUCAGCAUUCAGUGUACAGGGCCAUGUCGUAAGCAUGAGGACAGCAGAGUGAGAUGAAACAAACUCAGCAGGCAGCAGUCGCUCUGAUGACUGCUGAAUGUUGCUUGUUGUUGAAUUUACUCUCAGGUCAACCUGCAUCACUCAAACUGCCAAAAGACAGCAGGCCCUAUUCACAAACUCACGCUUAUAAUUUAAAUGUUUUAUGUGUUUGUUAAGUAUCCAUAACAUUAUAUACUCUGUAUAAAAUCUGAAAUAAAAAACAAGGAAGCUUUAAGAAAAUAAGAGUACCUGUUACUGUUAUUUGGGAUAGUGUUUUGAAAUAAAAGAAUAACCACUUGCAUCUAAUAAAUUAUACUGUGCAAUACAAAGUGCAUCCCAUAAGCACCCUUCAUAAGAAGAUAAACUUCCAUGGAAAAUUAACAUUUCAUGUAUAACAGACCUUAUUUAAUUUAUUAAGACAAUAACUAACAACAAAAAACAGUAUAUAAAUAAAGGUUAAGUUAUUUUUUGUGAAUUCGGGCAAUUAACUUCAGUUAAUGUAGAAUAAUAAAAAAAAUGGUGUUAAAUGCCUCUGUUCACAGUGAAGGAAUCUUUUCAGUCUGUAAAGACAAUACAACAUUUCACCUCAUGCACCUCAAGCAUGUCCUAAGGGUGCCAUUUGUUAUAAAGAAGAAAAAAAAAGAAUUGUUGCUGGAAUAUAAUUUUGCAUGAUACAGAGUUCAUGACAGUAUAAAAAUACAAAACUACAAGAAACCCAUAAAAUAUUUUUAUUAUAUCCGGUUUGUUUUUUAAAUAAAAACACAAAGCUCAUAUAUUCAAAUUAUAUUUCCAGACAUCUAUGUAGUAGCAACUUUGCUGAAUGAUACUGUAACAAUUUACACAUUGUUAUGAAUGGAUUCAGCAGGAAUUGGGUGCCAUUCUCUUCUAAAAGAGCAUGCAAUGUUUGAUGGUUGGGGGUGGCUUUUAUGAAGACUUAAGUCACAUUUUUUACUUGGACUUUUUGUGUUAGAUUAAUAUCAAUUUAUUAGGAAGGCCAAAUGCAGUUCUGCCUGCACUGCAUCAUUACGCUUUCUUGUUCUACUAAAUGUGUCAAACGUCUGAUAUCUCCUGUUAAAAACUAUUUGAGGUACAAAUGUUCAUAACGCUUCUGGCAAAAUAAGCUUAGAGCCCUUUAUCUCUGACAUCAUGCAGCUGCCUAAUUACAGUUAGCCAAUUCAGAGAUAUUAGAGAAUUAUAAUCCCAAUGCAUUGAGUUAUUGGCUUCAAAUUUGGUGCAAAACUGUACUGUAAGGUAAUCUGUAAGGUGAUCUUGGCAUCCAGUAAAAUGGUAGUUUGCCAUGUUGUGUUUUUUUUUUUUAAUGGACAUUUAUUACAAGUUAUUCCAUGGCAUGCAUGUGACAACACAGGCAUGACGUAUAUACAGUACAAAAGGACAUCAUUCACAUAGAAAAUAGUUUAUUUAAAUUAGGAAUGGGUACACCUUUCCAACCUAAUCACAGGGUGUCAGUUAAGAGCCUAUUGGAUUAACUUGAUUGGUCUGAAAACUAGACAGACCGCCAACCUUCAUGCAUGUGAAUGGUUUAGUCUAUAGGCACUGACAUUUUUUUCACUGUUCUACUUACAACUGUUUGUUGAAAAUAUUUUGCUUUCAAAGGAUUUUCUGUUUGUAAUAUUGUAUUAUUUUGGUCUGGUGUCUGGGAUGAGGAUAGGGAACAACAGGAUUAUUAUUCAGUUAUGUUUCAUAACAACACUGAGUUAAAACAAAAGUAAGGCUUCCAGCAACUGUAUAAUAAUCAAUGAGAUUAUAACAGUAAAAACGAUUGCCCUGCCUUUAAGGUCAUGCUUUGUUGACACAUGAGGAUUGCGGAUUUCUUUACCAGUCAGGGAAGGAAGGUGGGUGCAAAAUGUAACCCAUAUCUAUGUGUUUGCUGCAAAUAUGUAAAUCACAGGCGGGGUCCAUGAUGUAUUUAUGAAAGCAGUUUUGUGUUUUGGAGGAAUUAAAUUACUUUUGCUUUAAUUGUAAUUAUGGCACCAACAACAACUGCCAUAAAUAUGAUGGAAUUAAUUUGAACACAGUUACCAGUUUUUAGAUAUUGGGUAUAUGUUGUUAGUUUGAGUUAUUUGGCACUUUUUAAAAGCAGCUAAUUUAGUUUAAUCCUAGGGACCGACAAUAUGAAUGUACUGUAGUCCGGUGAUAAUCGAGUAUUUUCACUAUAAUUUCAGCACAUAGUAAGACUAAUGCAUGCUAACAUCUCCACAGCAAAGUCUGCUGGAACACAAAUAUUGAAAGCCAGCCUCAAACACGUUAAUCCCCAUCGCUCCUCGCCACACACAUUGAAACCAUUUGCUUUCUUUAUUCUUUAUUGGCAGAUACAGUGACUGUCCCAUGUAUGUUCC